AUGCCAUCUGAGCCUCUCAAGCGCAUUCUUGUUACCGGCGGCGCGGGCUACAUCGGCUCGCACGUCAUUCAUGUCCUGCAACAGACCCGUCGCUUCAAGAUCAUCGCGAUCGAUAACUACCACAACUCCCCUCCCGCCGUCUACGAUCGUUUGACCAAGAUUGCGCGCGAUGCUCUUCCAGCGGAUGCGACUGAACAGGACAAGGAUUCGACCGAGAUCGACACGUACAAGGUCGACCUCAUCAACGCCGAGGAGGUCCGCGCCGUCUUUGAGAAGUACGGCAAGGGUGGUAUCUGGGGUGUCAUCCACAUCGCGGCGCUGAAAAGCGUAGGCGAGUCGACUCAGAUCCCAAUCACGUAUUACCACAACAAUGUCGCCGCGACCAUCUUCCUCCUCGAAAUCAUGUCCGACUUCGAGUGCACGCGCUUCCUCUACUCGUCCUCGGCCACUGUCUACGGUACUCCGCCGCACAUCCCGAUCCCGGAGUCCACUCGCCUGCAUGCCGAUAGCCCCUACGGUCGCUCCAAGGUCAUGUCGGAGUUCAUGCUCGAGGAUCUGUGCCACGCCGAGCCGAGCCGCUGGCGGGCGAUCUCCCUGCGCUACUUCAACCCUGCCGGUGCUCAUCCCUCCGGUUUCAUCGGAGAGGACCCCCAAGGACGCCCUGGGAACCUCUUGCCCUUGCUCGCGCAGAUUGCUGGUGGCCGUAUCAAGGAUCCCGAAGUGAAGGUCUUCGGCAACGAUUACCCGACACCCGACGGCACCUGCGUUCGGGAUUACUUGCAUGUCAUGGAUCUUGCCAAGGGUCAUCUCAUCGCUCUUGACGCGCUCGCGCCAGAGAGCAAGGUCUUUGACAACUGUCCAGAUGAAGCUCGCUAUAAGGCCUACAACCUUGGUAGCGGCCGCGGGUUCUCAGUUCUGCAGAUGAUCGAGGCUAUGCGCAAGGUCAGCGGAUUUGACUUUAAGUAUUCUAUCAUCGGACGCAGACGAGGCGAUGUCCCCGAUCUUACUGCCGACCCAACCCUCGCCGAGAAGGAACUCGGGUUCAAGACGGAGUACGAUCUGGAGACGAUGUGCCGCGAUUUGUGGAACUGGCAGGCGAAGAACCCGCAAGGUUACGAUACCCAAGAAAGUCAGGUCGCUCCAUUGCGUCUUCAACAGUCGCAACUGUCCUUCAAACCAUUAUCCAUCCAAUCGCUCAACAUGACACACGACUACGUCGGCGACGGGUUCUGGAUCCGCGUAGGCUCCAAGGUCCACACCGCGAUGUACGUCUCCGUGACCCGCACGGACCACAACGCGGGCACUUCGCAGUGGCACGCUCAAGGCAAAUCGGGCGUUACUUGGCAUCACCUCACUGGGAACUUCUCCGACAGCCACUACGCGCGCGGCGGGUGGGAGCUCGUCGUGAUCAAGGACGUGAAUAAUACGCGCCGCAAGGGAUGGUACCUCCAGCCGCAUGGAAAGUCGUACUAUAUCACGUUCAACGGGUGGGACGACGUCAAGCUUGAGGCAGCCAGGAAGGCUUGA